GGCUAUCCAAAGGCGACGGGGCGUCGCUAGGGGAGCGAGCUGUGUGACCGGUUGGGCCGUACUUAGCGUGGGACGAAGCUUCGGCUACUGUUCUACUGCCUGCGGCCUCCCCUUCAUGUCGGCCCUCGAGAAGAGCAUGCACCUCGGCCGCCUGCCCCCUCGCCCUCCUCUACCCGGCAGCGGGAGCAGUCAGAGCGGAGCCAAGAUGCGAAUGGGCCCUGGAAGAAAGCGGGACUUUUCUCCUGUUCCGUGGAGUCAGUACUUUGAGUCCAUGGAAGAUGUAGAAGUAGAGAAUGAAACUGGCAAGGAUACUUUUCGAGUUUACAAGAGUGGCUCAGAGGGUCCAGUCUUACUUCUUCUGCAUGGAGGAGGCCAUUCUGCCCUUUCUUGGGCUGUGUUCACAGCAGCAAUCAUUAGUAGGGUUCAAUGUAGGAUUGUGGCUUUGGAUCUUCGAGGUCAUGGUGAAACAAAAGUCAAGAAUUCUGAAGACCUGUCUGCAGAAACCAUGGCAAAAGAUGUUGGCAAUGUGGUUGAAGCCAUGUAUGGGGACCUUCCUCCUCCAAUUAUGCUCAUUGGACAUAGCAUGGGUGGUGCUAUUGCAGUCCACACAGCAUCAUCCAACCUGGUGCCAAGCCUCUUGGGUCUGUGCAUGAUCGAUGUUGUGGAAGGUACAGCCAUGGAUGCACUUAAUAGCAUGCAGAAUUUCUUACGUGGUCGUCCUAAAACCUUCAAGUCUCUGGAGAAUGCCGUUGAAUGGAGUGUGAAGAGUGGCCAGAUUCGAAAUCUAGAGUCUGCCCGUGUCUCAAUGGUUGGCCAAGUCAAACAGUGUGAAGGAAUUACAAGUCCAGAAGGCUCAAAAUCUAUAGUAGAAGGAAUCAUAGAGGAAGAAGAAGAAGACGAAGAAGGAAGUGAGUCAGUAAACAAAAGGAAAAAGGAAGAUGACAUGGAGACCAAGAAAGACCAUCCUUACACUUGGAGAAUUGAACUGGCAAAAACAGAAAAAUACUGGGAUGGCUGGUUCCGAGGCUUAUCCAAUCUCUUUCUUAGUUGUCCUAUUCCUAAAUUGCUGCUCCUGGCUGGUGUUGAUAGAUUGGAUAAAGAUCUGACUAUUGGCCAAAUGCAAGGGAAGUUCCAGAUGCAGGUCCUACCCCAGUGUGGCCAUGCAGUCCAUGAGGACGCUCCAGACAAGGUAGCUGAAGCUGUUGCCACUUUCCUGAUUCGGCACAGGUUUGCAGAGCCCAUCGGUGGAUUCCAGUGUGUGUUUCCUGGCUGUUAGUGACCUGCUCUCCUUUCCUCCCUCAACACUGAGCUCUGUUGUAAAUACAUCGCACCAGAGGCCACUGUGAUGCCGCUGUCUCCUCCUCACCAUCCUGCCCGACCAUUUGACACCGGCUCCCUAUAGACGGGCAUCCCCAGAUGUACAAACCCUUUCGUGUAUUCCUGCCGAAAGCAUUGUUUUCCAGGGCCUUUGACCAAUAUUGGUCUCCCCAGUUUAAGGCUCCCCAGCUCCUAUCCCUUCCCUGUUCAAGGGUAGCCCCUGCCUGUCCUCCCUGCCUUGCCUAGGGUGAAGCCUCCAUCAGAACUGCCACCCUGGGCCCCUAUUCCUGGCAUUAGGCAAUGCACCUGCGUCCAUAUGUUUCCCCAGGCUCAGGGACCUCCAUUCCUUGAGAUUUUUCUUGCCAUGGUCCUGCCCUACCUCAUGGGAUGGACCAUGUGCGGGAUGGUCCUUAUUUUUCCCUUUUAAAUAAAAUACCAGUCAGGUACCUUUUUAUCCCCAUCUUACUAUUCUAGGCUUGGAAGACCCAGAGAGGCCAGGAUCUCAUCCUUAGGUACAGGGGUGGGGGGUGGAUAGCAUCACAAGAAACCAGCCUGAAAAUCAGGCCCGGCCAGUCCAAGCACAUGGCCUCCCACCUGGGGAGGGCUCACGGUCCCAUUCCCACAUGUCUGGGCACCUGCCCUGGGCUGAGGCCAGGCUGCUCCAGGGGUCUUUUGAGCCCUCACCUGCCACAGGGCAACCCAGGUUAAAUACAGCCCAUGCACAAAGCCACAGGCUAAGGCCCGUGGAGUUGUUUUUAAGAAUCAAAUUGAACCAUUUUCUUAAUUGGUCCCUGGGGGUGUGCAGAGUGCCCGCUUGCCUUUUCUAGACCCUCAGCUUAUCUUAGCCAUUUGUGGUUUCCAUGUUACUCUUCAUAGAAACAGUACAGCCCAGCAUCCUCAAUAUUUGCCCUCUUCCAGCUGCCUCAUCACAGCACUUCAGCCUCCCCCUGCUGCCCAGGCACGCCAUUCCCAAGGGCAGGGAGGGGCAGUCUCCUGCAGCCCAUCUUUUCUGUGACUGUCUUAGGUUAUGCGUAGCACCCUCCACCUUUCGACCCAACAACUUCCUAUCCCUGUCCUGCUGCAGGGUCUGAAGUCUGGGACCUACUUUGUUUCUUUGUUAUUUAUGAUCUUGUUUAAAGAAAAUAAAUCUCCUAACCUUUAUCUAUCUGGUCUUUAUGGAGUUGUCCUUAUUUCUGUUGAUCUGGGGGCAGGGAACAUUGCACUGGAUUUAGUCACCAUAGAGCACAGAAAAACCUCUUUCCUGUGGCCUAUCAACAUCUUAUGCUCUGCCUGCUCCCCAGAUCCAUAAUGCCCAGCGGAAUGGACAGAACCAGUUUCCACUGCAGCCCGGGAGACCAUAUUCCAGUCCCAUCUCUUCCAGUUAUUUGCUGUGUUGACUUUGGCCCAGAACAGGAUAGUCUGUACACCGUCCACAUGACCUCAGGCACUCAGGGCUUUAAAUCUGCCAACACCCAAACUUUGUCUACAACCUAGAUAUCUCCUGAACUCUGGAUACUUCUAGAGUUACUAGAUACCUAGAUACUCUAGGUCCAUCUACUUCUCCAUAUCUCCCAGAUGUCCAAAAGCCACUCAUAUUGACCAUUCCUAAAACCGA